AUGGCAUUUGCAGCGCGAAAUUCUGUCUACAUCAGGAAUUUGAGCCCUCAAGUCACUGAGGAUGUCAUCCGAGAAACCUUUGCGACCUGCGAUGCAAUCGAGAGAGUUUUGUUCAGAUCCUUUCAGGGGAGGACAACAGAAUUCUUUGCACAGCUCGACUUCGCAACAUCCAAGGGAGUUCUGGAGGCGCAUCAGAUGAGUGGCACCAAGCUCUUGGGGCAGCCCGUUGAGAUCUCGGUCAUGGACCCGGGCUCCAAAGACAUGGGCAGGAAGAUGUGGAAUGUGCAAAAGUCUUGGGAGUCAGUGCCCGAAGACCAAGAAGAGACUACCAGCACAGAGCCGCAGGGAGUUCAGGCGGAGUACUUCCGGCGCUUCAAGGAGGCGGAGGAAGACAAGCGCCUGAGAACUGUGCAUAUUGCUGGUUUGGCGAAGGAGGCCACAGAAGAAGAUGUGAGGGUCAUAUGCAAGCAGUUUGGGCAAGUCGAGGCCCUCCGCAUGGACAAGGACAAUGACGGGGAAAGCUUUGCUCUUGUGGAAUUCAAGGAGAGAGGCUCCGCGCAGGUUGUUAAGCGCCAGGAGAAGUACUUGGUGGAAGAGCGGGUGCUUGUCUUCACAGAGGCCAAAACAAUGGUUGACACCACGACCUUUGCGGAGCAAAGUGUGCAAUUCAAUCAGCCAGCCUUUGACCCGACCACCAUGAAAGUGGUGUUGGCAUACCAGUGUCAUCUAAAUCCAAAGCUUGCAAAGGCGCGAGUAGCUGCCUUGCAGAUUGCGGGGGAGGAGAUUCCUAAAGAGCUCAUCGAUGCGGCAAAUCAGCAUUCAAAGCCAGAAGAGGAGCAGCCGAUCGUAUGGGAAGGCCGGGGUGAGCAAUCUUGUCCUCUGGGUGCCAAGGAAGAUCGAAAGCGCACACGAGAUGGUCGUGAUCUUGACCUUCCUCGGGAAGGGCGCAGACGGCGCAGAGGUAGUCGCGACCGGCGAGAGUCGGAUCAGUUGCGAAGCCAAUCGCGGAAACGCCGCCGGCAGCAAGGAGAAGUUCCAGAUGCCAAGAAAAUUGCCAGACAGGUCGCUGAAAACUUGCUGAGCGAAGACCGACAGGGUGAAGAGGAGGACGAGGUCGAAGCAGUCCCGAACACAGAGCUCUUUGUUUUGGGUUCUUCGGAGUCAUACUCCUACGAGUGGGAAGGUGAUGAAGAAGAGAUUGAGAAAGCGAAGGCGGCGCACGCUGCAGAAAAACAUAGGAUCAAGGAAGCACGAAAAGCGGAGGCAGAGCGCAAAGCCGAAGAACAGAGAAAAGCGGAGGAAGAGAGAAAAGCGGAGGAGCUUCGGAAGUUGGAGGAAGAGCGGAAAGAGGCACUGCAAAGAUCUCGCGAGAGCCAGUUGGACGGACCAGAACUAGCGCUGAGAGUCGGCGCGGAAUCGGCACAGAAUUUGGUGCCUGGACUACGCCUUUGGCCAGAUUUCCUCAGUGAAGAGGAAGGAAAACGACUGGCGGAAUAUUUGGACCAGAAUGGGCCAUCUUGGAAGAAAGAGCAGUUCGGUGUGCCCACGCUCUACCAUGUAAAACAUUUUGGCGCUUUGGGCUCACUUAGACCUCGGCUAGUUCGAUUGCCAGAUCCGACUCGGGGCGAGUUUGACUUGCCGGAAGAAGGGAUACUGGCAGAGGUGUCUGCAAGAUUAGCCAGUGGAGAGAUGCCGUGGAGCAGCGUGCUCAAAGGUUUUAUCCCCAAUGAGGCAAACGUCAAUGACUACAGCAGAUCUGAAGGCUCCAAGCUUUUAAUGCACUGGGACGACCGUGGCUUAUACGAGGAACCUGUUUGCUCUGUAACAGUGCUGGGAGAGUGCAUCAUGACCUUUCGACCGAGCGGGAGAUCCAACUUCAAAUCUACAUCGGCUGAGGAAGGUGAGGGGCCAUCAGUGCGUUUGCUGGUGCCAGAGCGCUCUCUCCUGGUCCUGAAGGGGGCUGCCAGAUACGAGUGGCAACAUGGAAUUCCGGAGCCAGAGAACUUUCUGUCAGAGCGGCGCGUGGCGAUAAUCUUCCGACGUGUUCGUGGAAUACCAUCAACUGAGUCCAAAUGUGCACAAGCCGAAGAUGCUGCAUUGGAAAAGGGAGGCAAAGGUGCCGAUAUCCGCGCUGGCAAGACACAACAACAUGCCUUGGUCAUCAGCAGCAACUGGCCUGAUCCUGACGUCUCCGCAGCUGGUCGUGUGACAGCUGGACGGUUGCAGAUGUUGCGGCGCUUGUGCGCUGAGGAUGCCUCCGCAUCAAGUGCCGUGACCUUUGCAUCUCCGGCUCGGCCUGGGAAUUCAAAGGGAAAACUGUCUGCAGCAAAUGGUGUGAACUGCAUUCGCAUCAAGUUAAAUGACGAAGCAUCGGUGAUGUCAGCUCUGGAGGCGGCCGGACAUCCAGAGCUUGUGCUUUUUGAUGGCUUCAACACAGAGGAAAGGUUUGGCCACUAUGUGCACCAAGCUUUGCCCGAUGCAAUGCGAGUUCUCGAUAUGCAGGACUUUCAUGCACUGCGACUAGGCAGGGAACGGCUGAUCGCUGCAGGGGUUGGCGCUACAGCAGUUGCAUCCUUUCGGCCACCUGCAGAUGACGAGGACCUACAACGGGAACUGGCUUCAAUCCACCGCUGUGAUGCCACGCUGGCAAUUUCGGAAGAAGAGCGGACGCUUUUGGUGGAAAGAUAUGGGAUCCCAAGCUGGAAGGUUUGUGCUGCACCCUUCGGCUUUUCCAACAUCUCCGAUGAAAGACCUAGCUUUAGCAGGCGUGACGGUGCGUUGUUCAUUGGGAAUUGGCGGCAUCGACCGAACAGAGACUGUGCACGAUGGUUGGUGAAAGAGGUGUGGCCUUUGGUGCGGCAGGAGGUGCCGGAUGCAGUUCUUAACGUUUAUGGCGCCAACCAGACCCCAGAAGAUGCCGCAUUAGAUGAUCCCGCAUGUGGCGCCCGAGUGAGAGGCUACUGCCGGUCUGUGGAAUCUGCAAUGAAGUCUCACAAGCUGCUUGUUGCCCCUUUGCGCUUUGGUGCUGGUGUAAAGGGCAAAGUUCUUGAGGCAAUGCUGCAUGGCCUUGUCGUGGUCACCACUCCAGUGGGAAUAGAGGGCAUAGCUCCAGAGAGAGAGUUUCCUGGCUAUGUUGUGCAGAAUGGUGGGGAGGAUGCUCAAGCAUUUGCUGAUGUGAUAGUUCUAGCGCUGCGAGAUCGACAUCGAUGGGAGGUGUUGCAAAAAGUGGCAUCAGGGUUCAUUGCAGAGCAUUUUGACGAGGCCAAAGUGGAAAAGAGUCUCAGGGGCUUCUUGAGAGAGCGCUGGAGGACUUUCAUCCAAGAUCGAGAGCGUGACUAUGUCGGACAGAUGCUGUGGCACACAUCCUUAAGAUCCACACAACUGAUGGCCAAGUACAUCGCCGCCAAAGAAGAGAACCGAACAUUGAAGGCUGACCAGGCCCAAAGAAGGCCCGCCGCCUAG